CGAGUGUCUGCCCAUUGCAACUCGAGCAGUCUAGGUGCACAGUCCUUCCGCAAUGUACUCGGGCACGUUGGGGAGGGUGAACGCGCUCGAGUUCCGCGACAGAUCGCCGACGAAGGCCCAAGUCACACCGACGACAUCCCCUCUGCGCAGCCCCACGACGUCCGUAGCCGCACCGGUCGCCCCCGCUUCGUCGGAUGCGAUUCAAAACGCAUUUGCCAAGAUGAAAGAAGUCGCCCAAGGAUCGCCUGCGUGCGCGGGGAUCACUGAAGCUGACUUGCUCGCGUGCUUGAACUUGGCGUCGUCGCCGUCGAAACCCUCCGCAAAGACCACGCUGGCGCUCGAGCCACCACUUGAGCCCAAGGUCGAUGACCAGACUCUUCUGCUGAACGCGCUCUUGACGUCGCUGGCCAAGCUAAACAUAGACAACUCAAGGCCUUCCGAAGGACAGGAAGACGGCGAUGACGAACAGCUCUCUCUACCAAAACGGUCCCCGUCCAGACAUGCGUUGGUCACGCCCCCGCCAAGCCCCGUGUCCGCCAAACCAUCGCCCAUCAAGCGGUCGCCGAGCUCACUGGGGCGCAUUCAAGAAAACGUAAACGAAGACAUCGAGUCGCCAGGAUCGGAAGAGAAAGACGUGACAAUCUUGCCAAUCCAUGAAGUGAAACGAUGCUUGCGAGGCGGGUCGUUUGCGUCGCGCAUUCGAGUACGCCGCCAGCCGAGUUUGAAGGAGCUGGACGCAAAGCGUGUCAACGACGUCGUCGAAAAGCUCAACCGUAGUAGUAUCGGCCAGCUCACGACGCCGCGGCGCCUAAGCGUUGUGGACCCAAAGACGAGAUCGCUCAGUCGGGUCAGCAGCCUGGACGAGCUGCACCCGCCGCAUUCACCGACUUCUUGGACGAAAAAGUCGACCCUCGUGAACCCGUCGUCCCCGCGGUCGUUGGCGGCCCGGCAGUCGUCCAGUGUCUGCUUGGCCCCAAAUCCUGUCGCGGCGGCAGACCCACCUCAUGUUGCCGCGCUGCGCAAGAAGAAGAAAUAUCAAAACCAAGCGCGGAUGUCCACCCUGGCAUCGCACAUCAAGAAGCUCCUGGGGCGAACGGACAAAGCCAAACGGACAAAAGUGCAGCUCGACGCAGCGACCAGAGUGAGCAACAUGCGGCUAGGAUCGUCGCCCAAGAAGUGCAAAGUCAAACAUGAAGAACUCAUGACGUUUAUGCGCCCCAACUGCCGCCCCCGGCGGUGGGUAUCGAAAACGGGCCAGCCGUGUACGUAUUUGGGUCGCUCUUUGCCACCACCCAGCUCCCCCUGUGCCCCCGUCGUCGCUAACGCCGUCUAUGGACUAGUGCUUGAACGCCAGCAGUCGUACGUGAGUCUGGACGUCAUGGACAACAUUGGAACGCGAGCAGCGUGCCCCGUGCACUUGCUGUCGGAAAAGCCGAACUCGGACUUUUCACACGUGCCGGCCGUGGUCAACUCGCACAAUCGUCGGCGACGGCGACGGUCGAGUCGCCGUCCCAAGCUCAUGAAGCGACCUUCGCUCUGGAUAGUCGACUAGGGCGGCGAUGCCCAGAGAUGCCGCCGCGCGACUCUGGAACAGAAUCAGACGAUUCUUUCGUGUUGUUGGGCCUGUCUGGAGCUGCUGCCACCCCCAGCACCACACCGCGUGUGCCUGGGACAUAGUUCAUAUCGUCGUAGAGGACCAGACACUUGCCACCCACACAUCGCCCGGACGCACACGGGAUUCCGCGAACCGACUCGGCCAGUUGGUGCCGCUUCUGGUUCUCCAUCUUGAACUUG